CUUUGAACUGUCUUCUCUCCCACCGCAGGAAUAACUCCCAAAAGUCAUUCACUUUCGACAUCCAUCUUUCUUAAAAGGUCCCCCGAGGUUAUCACCAGAAGAGGAGCCCCACCAAGCCGGCUAAUCCACGGCUUCGAGAAACCCGUCUCAUCCAAUCAGAAUUGUCUUAUUCCAGGUCGGCAAGCAAAGAGGCGAAUCAUUCAACAUCAACCAAGAAAGCUUCGCUCCGCCAACGCCGUCAACUACGCCCGCGCCAAUCUCCCCUCUUCAGGCUCUCUGAUAUCGUGCGAUCGAGGUUCGCUCCUCUGCCGAAUCGUUCUCUCGCCCGAAAUGCUCUCUUCCACGCGGUCCGCGGCCUCAAUGGCCCUCCGAGGUGCGUGCCUUGAACUCUUCCGGCCAGGCGGGCUUUAUAGCUCGAACAACGAAUUCGAUCAUCGCGACGCCAAUACAUGUUGCUGACUUUACUUGUUACAAUAGUCAAGCCUACAACUGCUAUUGUUCCUUUCCGAACUACCGCUGCCGCCUUCACGACCAACUCUCGCCGCGAUGCUAGCGCCCUCCAGACUCACUCAGCAACUGGUGUAGGAAAGGUUCGCAGAGAGGUUCCGCUGCCCAGCGAGAUUGCUCCUAAGGGUGCCUUGCAGUAUGCGCUGACCACACUUGAUGCCGUCACCAACUGGGCUCGUCAGUCCUCCCUUUGGCCCAUGACCUUCGGUCUGGCCUGCUGUGCCGUCGAAAUGAUGCAUCUCUCCACCCCCCGAUACGAUCAGGAUCGCCUCGGUAUUAUUUUCCGUGCUUCGCCACGACAGUCCGAUGUCAUGAUUGUUGCUGGUACUCUCACAAACAAGAUGGCUCCUGCUCUUCGACAGGUUUACGAUCAGAUGCCUGAUCCCCGCUGGGUUAUUUCCAUGGGUUCAUGUGCUAAUGGUGGUGGAUACUACCACUACAGCUACUCUGUCGUCCGAGGAUGCGACCGUGUAGUUCCUGUUGACGUCUACGUGCCGGGCUGCCCUCCUACGAGUGAAGCAUUGAUGUACGGAAUCUUCCAGCUACAGCGGAAAAUGAGGAACACCCGCAUUACCCGACAUUGGUACAGAAAGUAAGGAUUCAAAGCAGAGGAGUCGAUCAGGAAUCAAGAUCCAGCCAAAUUGCGUCGAGGCAGUACUUUCAAUGGAUCUAAUCAAGGGAAAUGUAGUGGAAUGGCUGUCGUUGAGGAGGAUGGCGCCCAUGGAAGCAUGUACAAUUUAGACAGCUCCAUCUCCUAUGUUAAAGUUUGUAGAAUUUACUUUCCUUGCUAGAGGACAAGGAACCAAAGGCAUUAUUCCCAAUUCGUUAAAAGCUUUAGUGCACUUUGUGGUUGAGUUGGUAUGUUUGCUUGAGACAUAUUUCAUCCACAAAGAGGUAGCGCGACCUUUUGAACACACCAGGUCGAAUGCUUGUUGUUUUACGAAUAGAUUACCAUCUACAACCACUUCAUUAAUUAAGCCCGGGCCC